AUGGUUGCCCAGAAAGCCCCAGAGUCCCCAACGGAACAGGCAGCUGCGCUGUCGACGUCCUGGGAUUCUCGUUUCGCGUGGAACACCAGCGCGCCAGCGUUUGUCCCCCAGGGCGGCCAACUCUACGAUUUCAACGCCUCGCCCUGGCAUCCUGGCCCCGCUCAGCCCAGGACCUGCGACCCCGGGGCGGCGGUGCAGACCUCCUCUCUCCGUCGGGCUCGCUGGCUGCCAGGCCGCGGGCAGGAGCAGGGCCAGCGCCCGCAGGCAGCCGCCAGGCUGGCGGCGGCCCCUGCGUACGGGCCCCGCCCGAGCCGGGGCGGCGAAGGUCCACAGCUGCCUCAGCACGCGAGACCCCGGGGCCGCCCGCGGCAGCCGCGGGGCCGCGGCGGCAGCGCGGAGGCGGCCGCGGGGCCCAGAGAGGACUGCUUCGGGCGCCAGGCGAGAGCGAUCCCGCCGGCGCGCGACGGCCCCCCACUGCCGCCCGGGAUUUGGCGGGCGCAGUGCCCCAGGGGCCGUGCAGCGCGGCUGCUGCGGCGCGGCGGCGAGGGCUAUGACGCUGCCGCGGCGGCCCCGGCGGCCGCGGCGGGGCCGGCGCCCGCUGCCGGCCGCUCGGCGCGCGAGGCGCAGCCUGACAGCGAGGAGCUGUUCUACCACGUGACGUGCAAGAACACGUUCAUUGAGGUGACGGCCGAGCCCGCGGUCGCGGCGGGGAGCCGCCCGCAGUCCGCGCCGCCGCCCUUGCGGGCGAGGUGGCUCGGGACGCAGGCGGGCGGCGCGAUCCCACUCGGCGCCGUCGCUCGGCAGGUGCGGGCCCCAGACGGCCAGAAGACGCUCGGCGAGGUCCAGGCCUCGGCGCGCCCAGGCGGGGGGUCGCCAGGGGAUCUCGAGCUCGGUCGCCGGAGAGCGGAGAGGCUCGGCGCCAUGGCACUGGCCGCCACUGCCAGCGCGGGCAGGGGCCCCGCGCCGCGGGCCGGCCGCGCAGGCCUGGCGGCCGCGAGGGCAGCGCCGCGGAGGUUGUCUGCCCCCUCGCCGCCCCGAGCGGGGAGGCGUCGGCCUGCCAGGGUGGCGGCACCGAGUUGGGCGGAGGGCGAAAGGGUCGCGCUCGCUCGCCUCGACGAGGACCGCCGGGUUCACGCCGACUUCCUGAGCGCGCUCCCGUCGGAGAGCAGCCGCAGCGGCCGGGCCACGCCGCUGCCUGGCUCCUCCCCGGGCCUGGGCGCCCCGCUCGCGGGCGGCGUGAAGCCCCCCACCAUGGGCGCCGUGGGCGGGCUUGCGGCCGCGGCCCUCUGCCGCGGCAUGUCCGACGCGUCGGGCGAGGAGUGGGUGGACGGCGCGGAGGACGAGGGUGGUCCGUGCGCGAAGAUCCAGUCCUCUUGCGCAAUGAUGAGCAUUGGGCUUGUCCUGUUCCCCCUCUCCCUGUAUAUGGUCGGCUGGAACGAGAACAACUACGUGUGUGAGAAGACUCGAAUCCUCUUCGCGGGGGACAACGCCGAAGAAUUGGGAUGUGACAGUAGAGGCGUGAGCAACCAGUUCGGAUAUUUCUCAUGUGGUCUAGACCCUGCGUCGUUUCGUCCCUGGACUGCGGAGGAUUUCUUGUUGGAUAAAGGCGGAGACAACGCGUUCUAUGCAGCGAACUCGAAAGCUUUGAAUAGCGUUCAGUUCAGCGCCCUUUCUGCACGCAUGGUCGCAGAAGUUCGACAGUGCAAGAAGGAAUGCACCACAAAAACGGUGAAGGUGAACGGUAAGAACACAAAGACCCCAAAGUGCACCUACACGCUGGUGUGGUCAGACAAGGUGCUGGACGUCAUCACAGGGCCCGAGGGAGGGCCUCCUGGACCUCCUUCUGACGCCAGGAAGAGCUGCCCUGGCUUGAAGAGAUACCAGGGGUCGGCGCACGUCCCCAGCGCAAUCUCGGAUAAGCUGGGACAGCAGACCCAGUUUUCCGAGGAAGUCCGGACCCAGGAGGUAAACGAGGCCAAGGCCUUCAAGCUGAACGCGGACCUCGUGAGGAUGGUGCUCCCGACGGAGGAGGCGCACGCCGCAAUCUACAUGCCCGCCGCGGCGCAGGGAGGGCCCCAGGCGCUGGACUGCAGCGCGGUGGAGUCACUGGUCGGUUGCGUGAGGCUGCGAUUCGAGAAGAGCACGGCCACUUCCGUGUCGGUGUUCACCCACGUGGUUGCGGACGGAGAGACGGAAGCGCAGAGGAUGCCCUCUGCCUGGGGUUGCCCAGGGAAGCCGUGGCAGGCGCUCCAGGAGGGCAUCCUGUCCAAGGAUGCCGCCGUGCAGGCCCUGAAGGAUGCCAACGCCGCGCAGGUGAUCCUGUUGCGGGUUGGGUUCGUUGUGCUGGCCUGGGUGAGCGUGUACUGCGUAUUGUCCCCCAUCUCCGCCAUAGCCGAGCUGUUCGGGGGCCUCGCGAACAUGAUCCCGUUCGUCGGGGGGUACCUCGAGGACUUCAUCGAGGGCGUGGUGGACGCCGUCCUGUGCGCCAUCUCGUGCAGCGUCGGCCUCUCCUGCUCGUUCUUCGUCAUGGGCGUGGUCUGGCUCUUCAUGCGGCCCCUCUACGGCGCCGGCAUGCUGCUCGUGUGCGCGGCGCUGUGUGCCUGCGCAUGCCUCGUGCGCCAGCGGGCCGGCGCGCCCCGGAAGCGGCAGGCGCGCGAGGUCUCGGCGGGCGGGACCUGCCUGGAGAUGCAGCCCUCCCCGCCGCCCGCCGUGGCGGCGGCGGCUGUGCCGAUGGCGGCGCAGCCCAUGGCGCAGCCGAUGGUGGGCCCGGCGAUGAACUCCAGCUACGCGCCGCCGGCGAUGGCGGUGCAGCCCCUGGCGCAGCCGGUGCUGGGGCAGCCAGUGGUGGGUCAGCCGAUGAUGGCGGCGCCCAUGGCGGUCGCCCAGCCGCCGGUCGCGCAGGCCGUCGUGGUGCCUCCGCCAGCCAUGAUGCAGGUCGCUUGCCCCGCGAACGUGGGGCCGGGGCAGGCGAUCUUCGUGCUGGCGCCCGACGGGCGGCAGUUGCAGGUGACCGUACCUGCGGGCGUGAGCCCGGGCAUGCAGUUCCAGGUGCAGGUGUGA